UCUGCCGUCUCUCUCUCGUGAAUUCAACUGUACAAACAAACGCAAAGAGAAACUGACCUGGAUGCAGAGGCAAUCAGACAAUGCAUUUGGAAAGCGAAAGUUCAUGACUUUCUUCAUAGAAUGUGAAGAAAAAACAUGAACAUGAUAUCUCCACGAAGGACACCAGGAUGCUGCCAAGCCCUUUGCACCUAUACUACUGCUUCAACUCAGUACCCACAGAUUUUUUCCUAACCCACCCUUCUUGCCCCAUGGUGAAACAAUAAUUAAAUGACAAGUGAAGCUCAAGAUAAUGGUUUUAAAUUCUCCCCCAACCCAUCACACAGCGAGCAAGCUGACACCCCAACAUUCUGUCCUAAUUAUUUCCAAAAUUGAAGCUGAUUGAUUACGAACAUAUAAUAAAGAAAACAUGCUGCCUUCUAUUGGAAGAAGACGGCCUUAUAGUAUCCGAGAGAACCACAAAAGCAUAACAGGGGAAAUAAUGGGGAUCGCUACCACAAACCAUCCCCUCCUCUUCUUCCAUGUCUUGACUGUUGUCUGCAUCAGUGUUCUUUUCUCUAGUGUUUUUGUCAAGUCAAGUCUCAUAUACCCUUUGAAUUGUUCAAACAGCAUGCAAACAUGUAAUUCCUUGCUGUAUCACAACUUUGAAGGUCUUUCAAUGGAAGAAGUGGCUUCUUUCUACUCAGUCAACUUGUCUAGUAUCAAGCCUAUAACGAAUGGCCUCAAACAAGACUAUCUUGUAUCAGUUCCUUGCACUUGCAAAGAUGUGAGAGGCACUCGAGGAUACUUCUACGACACCUUCUACAGAGUACAAAAGGGAGAAACAUUUGUGGGUGUUACGGGAAAGAUCUAUAGCGGGCAAGCCUGGAAAGCUCCAGGAGAGGAGGAGCUAUUUGUUGAUGGAAAUAGGGUCAGUAUACAUCUUGCUUGUGGAUGUGCAGAAAGAGACUUCCAAGAGAUAGUAACAUAUACUGUUGAUGAGCAAGAUACUUUAUCUGGAAUUGCAGAACUUCUUUCUACACAAGUUAGUGAGAUUGAGAACUUGAAUUCAAGAUUGACACAGAAUCCCAGCUUUAUUGAUGUCGGCUGGGUACUAUUUGUGCCAAGGGAGAAAAGAGGAAUUCAAACCCCCAAGAAAGGUCAGUCACCAUUUGUUCCUAAAAAUCUUAAAUUACUAAUUAAUAAUGCCCAUUUGAAGUACAAGAAACUGACCUUAUUCACUCAAUCAGCAAAGACACGCGACUGGAAAAUGAUAGCUGCCAUAGUCUCUGCAGUGACAUUAAUCUCAAUAAGUAUAUCGAUACUACUCCUCAUAAGGAAAAGAUACCAGAAGAGCAGCAACAAAGCCUCAAAAGUUGUAACCAAAUGCUCAAGCACCAAGAGAACUUCCUUGCAGAGCCUCCUUCGCAAAAUAGACAUUGAAGAUGCGACCAACUCCGACAGACCAGUUAUAUAUAGUUUGGAGGAGAUUGAUGAAGCCACCCAAAGCUUUGACCAUAGCCAAAAAAUUGGAGAGGGUGGAUAUGGAAGCGUGUUCAUUGGCAUAUUAAAAGGACAGGAAGUUGCAAUUAAGAAAAUGAAAUCUAGCAGCUCAAAGGAAUUUUUUGCCGAGCUCAGAGCAUUAUGCAAGAUACAUCACGUCAAUGUGGUGGAGUUGCUGGGAUAUGCAAGUGGAGAUAGCCACCUGUAUUUAGUAUACAGGUACAUUGAGAAUGGUUCCCUAAAUGAUCAUCUUCAUGACCCUUUGCUGAAAGGUUAUUCACCCCUUUCAUGGACCACAAGAGCACAUAUAGCACUUGAUGCUGCAAGAGGAAUUGAAUACAUUCAUGACCACAUGAAGGAACGUUGCGUGCACUGUGAUAUAAAAACAAGCAAUAUUCUACUUGAUCGGGGACUCAGAGCCAAGGUAGCAGAUUUUGGGCUGGCAAAGUUAGUCGAACAGUCAUCAGAAGAAGAUUUUGUAGCAACACGCCUGGUUGGUACGCCAGGAUAUAUUGCUCCCGAAUCUGUGAGCGAGCUACAAAUUACAUCAAAAACUGAUGUUUUCGCGUUUGGGGUAGUUCUAGCAGAGCUUAUAAUUGGUAAGCGCGCACUUUUUCGUGAAAGCCGGGAAACAAGCUGGAUGAAGUCACUGAUCUCCAUUAUGUACACAAUCUUCCAAGAUAAAGACCCAGUGAACGCUGUGGAAGCUCACAUAGAUAGUAAUCUAAGAGGAAGCUACCCCAUAGAAGAGGUUCACAAGAUGGCAGAGCUAUCGAGGCGGUGUUUGAGUGAAGACCCGGUAAACCGACCAGCGAUGGGAAAAAUUGUGCUAACACUCUCCCAGAUUUUGAUAUCCACGAUAGAAUGGGAAGCCUUGCUCGCGGGAAGUGACGAGGUUUUCACGGGAGAAUUCACUGGAAGAUGA